AUGGGUCUCAUGAGGCACAUGAACCACAUCGACCGCGAGGAACUCUACACAGACCUCGAGGCCCGCAUCCGCUACCUCCACAGCUUUCUCGACUUUAGCAGCAAAGACAUCGAGGCCCUCAUCCACGGCGCGAAAUACGUCAAGGCCCUCAUCCCCGCCGUCGUCAACAUCGUCUACCACAAGCUGCUGCAGUACGACAUCACCGCCCGCGCCUUCACCACCCGCUCCACCUCCUUCGAGGGCCCCAUGGACGAGGUCCCCGACGACAACUCGCCGCAGAUUCUCCACCGCAAGAUGUUUCUCAGGGCGUAUCUGGCGAAGCUGUGCUCUGAUCCGAGCAAGAUGGAGUUUUGGGAGUAUCUCGACAAGGUUGGAAUGAUGCACGUAGGCCUAGGCCGCAAACACCCCCUCAACGUGGAAUACAUCCACCUCGGCGCCUGCCUCUCCUUCAUCCAAGACAUCAUGACCGAAGCCAUGCUCUCCCACCCGCGCAUGGUAAUGCAAAAGAAGAUCGCCCUCGUAAAAGCCCUGGGAAAAGUCAUCUGGAUCCAGAACGACCUCAUGGCGAAGUGGCACUGCAAAGACGGCGCAGAGUUCCAGCGCGAGGGCGACGAGGAUGGAGAGGGGAUCGAGAUUGAGGAGGAGGGCUACCUUCACGGAAAGAAGAUUCUGGAGAGCGAGAGUGAUGAGGAAACUGCUGUUAAUGGGGUUCCUGGAGGCAAUGGGAACGGACCAAAGUCGCCUAGUAGGUUACCUACGAGGAGGCCGAAUAGUCCUGGUAGUGGAGGGGUCUGUCCGUUUACCGGGAUCUCGGCGGGGGUGGAGGGGAUGAAGGUCUCUGAGGGCAAGACGGAGAAGGAGGAGGGACCGCAAAGGGUCGAGGCUUCUGUUUGA